AUGUGUGGAUCUCCUUCCACCUCACCAUUACACACCUUCACACCACACCAUUGUUGGUAUGGUCUCCACGUUGCAACACCAGAAGAAAAAAAAAUAGAGAGAAGCAAGGGAUGGAGAAUGGCGUUUAGCGGUUGUGGCUUACGCCAUGCCUCGCCACGUGGCUCCAAGUUAGCACACACCAAAGGUGUGCUGGUGUGCACGUUGUGGACCUAUGCCACCUCACCACCAUGCAUUGGCAGAUGUGCCAAGAUGAAUGUCGUUAUGCGGAAAGAUGCUCUGCUUCCUUCCAUGACUCCCAAAGAGUUACCAACAAUGGAGGAAGAAGGGCUUGCAUCGCCACUUCUGAGUCAUCAUGUGAAUCAAGAAUCACAAAAGAGAGCUCGAUCAUAUUCAUACACUAAAGAUGAGAUAUUGACAGAAUUUAAGAAGCAGUUAUACUUAGCAGGGCCUUUGAUGACAAUAAAUCUAUUGAUUUGUGGGUUAUCGAUGAUUUCCGUCAUGUUUGUGGGUCACCUUGGUGAGCUUGCUCUCUCCGGUGCUUCAAUGGCUACUUCUUUUGCUUCCGUCACUGGUACAAGCUUGAUGAUUGGAAUGGGAAGUGCUUUAGACACAUUCUGUGGACAAUCAUAUGGCGCAAAACAAUAUCAUAUGCUCGGAAUCCAUAUGCAGAGAGCGAUGAUUGUUCUUUUAUCAGUGAGCAUUCCUCUUGCUUUCAUUUGGGCAAAUGCAGGAUCCUUGCUUGCUUUCCUAGGACAAGAUCCUGAAAUCUCAGCAGAAGCUGGACUCUAUGCUCGAUUCAUGAUUCCUAGUCUUUUUGCAAACGCAUUACUUCAAUGCCAUGUUCGAUUUCUUCAAUCUCAAAACAAUGUCGUUCCGAUGAUGUUAAGCACUGGGAUUACAACGCUUGUUCAUGUUCUUGUUUGCUGGAUUAUGGUGUUUAAAUCUGGGCUCGGAAGUCGAGGUGCAGCAUUGGCGAAUGCUGUUUCUCUUUGGAUUAAUGUUUUGUUGUUGGCGAUUUAUGUUCGGGUUUCUCCUUCGUGUAAAAAGACUUGGACUGGUUUCUCGAAAGAAGCUUUCUGUAACAUUCCGACAUUUUUGAAACUUGCUGUUCCUUCUGCAAUUAUGGUCUGUUUGGAGAUAUGGUCGUUUGAGAUGAUGGUGUUGUUAUCUGGUCUUCUUCCAAAUCCUCAACUAGAAACCUCGGUUCUUUCUAUCAGCUUGAAUACGUGUUCAAUGAUUUACAUGAUUCCUCUUGGUCUAAGUAGCGCCACAAGUGUAAGGGUUUCAAAUGAAUUAGGUGCAGGGAGGGCACAAGCAGCACGUUUAGCGAUACGUGUUGCAAUGGUUGCGGUAGUGACCGAAGGGGUUUUGGGUUCAAUGGUCUUGAUUUUUGGGAGAAAACUAUGGGGGUAUUGUUAUAGUAAUGAAGAAGAGGUGGUGACUUAUAUUGCACAAAUGAUGUUGCUUAUUGCCGGAUCUCAUUUCAUUGAUGGCAUCCAAUCCGUACUUUCAGGGGCGGUUAGAGGGAGUGGUCGACAAAAAGUUGGUGCAAUUGUGAACUUAGGAGCGUAUUAUCUAAUCGGGAUUCCUUUAGCGAUCUUGUUUGCUUUUGUACUUCAUAUGGGAGGAAAGGGAUUAUGGUACGGAAUUAUUGCGGCAUUAUUUGCUCAAGCGUUCUUUCUUUAUGUUUUGACAUUAUGCACAAACUGGGAAAAGGAAGCAAAGAAGGCCAAUCAAAGAGUGUAUGAGUCUAUGGUCCAUGAUGAAGUAUCAUAGCGAAGGUAAAUAACGAAGAAAUAGUCUUCAAUUUGAAAACAAACAUCGACCAUCAUGGAUGAUUAACAUAUGACUAUGAUUACUUUAUAAUUUGUUCUUUUGUGGUUAUAGUAUUUUUAUGUUUCUUUUUCGUGAUUUUUUUGUCGAGUUUGAAUGUUUUCUUGUAUUUUAUAAUACAACGAUACAUGUAGUGUGAAAGUUGGCUAUCCUAAUACGUUUUGGGUUGGUUAAAUUCUUAGAUUUGAAUGGAUUUGGAAUUAAAAUUCGGUAUAAUCCAUGUCCGGAACAAAAAAAAUAUAUAUAAGGAU